GGGCGGGGGGAGGGGAGGUGGCGGUGGCAGCCAUGUUGUUGUGAGUCUCUGUGUCUCAUCCUCGAUACUUCGGAGGUUCGGAGGAGGAGUGGGAGGAGAAGGAGGAGGUGGGGUGGGGGGGAGGGAGGUAGGUGGAGAAAGAAGACAUUGCCGCCACCGAAGGCGGAAGAGGGGGAGGACGGCCACGAGCGACGCCGCCGUGUGCCCAACGGUCGGUGUCCCCGGCUGAGGCAGCGCGGCCGCAGCAGCCCGGUUUGAUCUGUGGAUGAAAUGAAUCAUGAUUUUCAAGCUCUUGCAUUAGAAUCUCGGGGAAUGGGAGAGCUUUUGCCUACCAAAAAGUUUUGGGAACCUGAUGAUUCAACAAAAGAUGGACAAAAAAGCAUAUUUCUUGGGGAUGAUGAAUGGAGAGAGACUGCAUGGGGAACUUCUCACCAUUCAAUGUCCCAGCCUAUUAUGGUACAGAGAAGAUCUGGACAGGGUUUUCAUGGCAACAGUGAAGUAAAUGCAAUACUGUCUCCGCGAUCAGAAAGUGGAGGCCUUGGCGUGAGCAUGGUAGAAUAUGUAUUAAGUUCUUCUCCUGCUGAUAAAUUGGAUUCUCGAUUUAGGAAGGGAACUUUUGGCACUAGAGAUGCUGAAACAGAUGGACCUGAGAAAGGAGAUCAAAAAGGCAAGGCUUCUCCGUUUGAGGAGGACCAAAACAGAGAUCUUAAACAAGGAGAUGAUGAUGAUUCUAAAAUAAAUGGCAGAGGUUUGCCAAAUGGAAUGGAUGCCGAUUGCAAAGAUUUUAAUCGUACUCCUGGAAGUCGUCAAGCCUCUCCAACUGAAGUAGUUGAGCGCCUGGGCCCCAGUACUAAUCCCUCAGAAGGAUUGGGGCCUCUUCCUAAUCCUACAACUAAUAAACCACUUGUUGAAGAAUUUUCAAAUCCUGAAACUCAGAAUCUGGAUGCCAUGGAACAAGUUGGUCUGGAUUCCUUACAGUUUGACUAUCCUGGUAAUCAGGUACCAAUGGACUCUUCAGGAGCUACUGUAGGCCUUUUCGACUACAGUUCUCAGCAGCAGCUCUUUCAGAGGACUAAUGCACUAACAGUUCAGCAGUUAACUGCAGCUCAACAGCAGCAAUAUGCAUUAGCAGCAGCUCAGCAACCACAUAUAGCUGGUGUAUUCUCAGCAGGCCUUGCUCCAGCUGCAUUUGUGCCAAAUCCAUAUAUUAUUAGUGCUGCUCCUCCAGGGACCGAUCCGUAUACUGCAGCGGGAUUGGCUGCAGCAGCAACAUUAGCAGGUCCAGCAGUAGUUCCACCUCAGUAUUACGGAGUUCCGUGGGGGGUGUAUCCAGCCAAUUUAUUUCAGCAACAAGCUGCCGCUGCAGCAAACAGCACAGCCAAUCAGCAAGCAGCAUCACAAGCUCAGCCUGGACAGCAACAGGUUCUUCGUGCUGGAGCUGGUCAACGUCCUCUUACUCCCAGUCAGGGUCAGCAAGGGCAGCAAGCAGAAUCCCUUGCAGCAGCUGCAGCUGCAAAUCCAACUUUGGCUUUUGGUCAGGGUCUUGCUACUGGCAUGCCAGGCUAUCAAGUACUAGCCCCAACUGCCUAUUACGAUCAGACUGGUGCCUUAGUGGUUGGCCCUGGAGCAAGAACUGGCCUUGGCGCUCCAGUUCGAUUAAUGGCUCCAACACCUGUUCUAAUUAGUUCAGCAGCAGCACAAGCUGCAGCAGCAGCAGCGGCUGGAGGAACUGCAAAUAGUCUUACAGGCAGCACAAAUGGUCUGUUUCGACCAAUUGGCACUCAGCCACCACAGCAGCAGCAGCAACAGCAGCCAAGCACUAAUCUGCAAUCUAAUUCGUUUUAUGGGGGCAGCUCUUUGACUAAUAGCUCCCAGAGCAGUUCUUUAUUUUCUCAUGGACCUGGUCAGCCUGGAAGUACAUCUCUUGGCUUUGGAAGUGGUAGUUCUUUGGGUGCUGCCAUAGGCUCAGCCCUCAGUGGAUUUGGUUCAUCAGUUGGCAGUUCUGCAAGUAGUAGUGCCACAAGGAGAGAGUCUCUAUCUACUAGCUCUGACUUGUACAAAAGAUCUAGUAGCAGCCUAGCACCCAUAGGGCAACCAUUUUACAAUAGUCUGGGAUUUUCCUCCUCUCCAAGUCCAAUAGGCAUGCCUCUGCCAAGCCAAACUCCAGGACAUUCACUUACGCCACCGCCAUCACUUUCAUCACAUGGAUCCUCAUCCAGUUUGCAUUUAGGAGGACUGACAAAUGGUAGUGGUCGAUAUAUCUCUGCAGCACCUGGAGCAGAAGCAAAAUACCGAAGUGCUUCAAGCACUUCCAGUCUGUUUAGCUCCAGCAGCCAGCUCUUUCCUCCUUCUCGGCUUCGGUAUAAUAGAUCUGAUAUUAUGCCUUCUGGCCGCAGUAGAUUAUUGGAAGAUUUCAGAAACAACCGCUUCCCAAACCUUCAACUUAGAGACUUGAUUGGACACAUAGUUGAGUUUUCUCAAGACCAGCAUGGUUCUAGAUUCAUACAGCAAAAGUUAGAGAGAGCUACUCCAGCUGAGCGACAAAUGGUUUUUAAUGAAAUUCUACAAGCAGCCUAUCAAUUAAUGACAGAUGUUUUUGGCAACUAUGUUAUACAGAAGUUUUUUGAGUUUGGGAGUUUGGAUCAAAAGUUAGCACUGGCAACUCGUAUUCGCGGUCAUGUUCUACCCUUAGCCUUGCAGAUGUAUGGCUGCCGUGUUAUUCAGAAAGCAUUAGAGUCUAUUUCAUCUGACCAGCAGGUAAUUAGUGAAAUGGUAAAGGAGUUAGAUGGUCAUGUUCUCAAGUGUGUGAAAGAUCAGAAUGGAAAUCAUGUUGUACAAAAAUGUAUUGAAUGUGUUCAGCCACAGUCACUGCAGUUCAUCAUUGAUGCUUUCAAAGGACAAGUAUUUGUGCUUUCAACUCAUCCCUAUGGCUGCAGAGUAAUUCAGCGCAUCCUAGAACAUUGUACUGCAGAACAGACCUUACCUAUCUUAGAAGAACUCCACCAACAUACAGAGCAGUUGGUACAGGAUCAGUAUGGCAAUUAUGUUAUUCAGCAUGUACUGGAACAUGGUCGACCCGAAGACAAGAGUAAAAUUGUUUCUGAAAUCAGAGGAAAGGUCUUAGCCCUGAGUCAACACAAAUUUGCCAGCAAUGUAGUAGAAAAGUGUGUUACUCAUGCCUCCCGUGCUGAGAGAGCUUUACUGAUUGAUGAAGUUUGCUGUCAGAAUGAUGGUCCUCACAGUGCCUUAUACACCAUGAUGAAGGACCAGUAUGCCAAUUACGUGGUUCAAAAGAUGAUUGAUAUGGCUGAACCGGCUCAGAGAAAAAUAAUCAUGCACAAGGUAAUAUUUAGCCCUUAAAUAGAUAACUCAAUUUAUU